CCAUAAGACAGAAAAGAAGAAGAAAUAGGGGGCAGCAUUGCGACCACAGCGCGCAGUCCUUUUCAACACCCCAAAUCAAUAGAAGUAGAGAAGGGAAAGAAACAGGAAGGAGACGAGAACGGAGCCACAAUGACUGCGACCAGGAGGUUAAACAAGGAACUCGCCGAUAUCCGUAAUUCUGGGGUGAAAUUUUUCCGCAUCAUUCACGUAGAUGAAUCAGAUAUCUUCACCUGGCAAGGGCUCCUUGUUCCUGAUUCCCCUCCAUAUGACAAAGGAGCAUUUAAAAUUGAAAUCAUUUACCCUGUUGAGUACCCUUUUAAGCCACCCAAGAUCACCUUCAAGACGAAAAUCUACCAUCCCAACGUGGAUGAAAAAGGUCAAGUCUGCCUGCCCAUCAUCAAUGUGGAUAACUGGAAGCCAGCCACAAAAACAUGUCAAGUGAUCCAGAAUCUCAUCGCUCUGGUGAACAGUCCUGAACCUGAACAUCCCUUAAGGGCAGACCUGGCUGAGGAAUACACAAAGGACCCUGGCAAAUUUAUGAAAAAUGCAGAGGAAUUUACGAGAAAACACAGUGAAAAGCGACCCGUGGACUAAGGACACCACACUGACACUCAAGGCCCCUGGCCUCCUUUUUGGUUUCUGUUCAAAGUUCACCCUGAAUCGCUGCUCUUGUCUUUUAAACUACAUUGAUGCCCUGAUUUUGCAUUUUUGCAUUGUUAUAGAACUGCAACAGUUCUCUGAUAGAGAACUUGUGUUUCUGUUUUACUUUGCCAAAAAAAAGGGGAGGAAAAAAAAAAAGCAAAAAAAAAAAAAUGUUCUUUUUAGAAAAGACCUAAUUAGUCAGAGGUCGUGUCUGUGGACUGUACUGUAUAACGAAGGAAAUAGUCAAAUUGUUUUUCUGCUUACUCCAUUGCUCAAUGUCUCUUCAGAGUAAACAUCAAUAAAUGCAAAUGUUUGAAGAUCUUAA